AUGCCAUUGUUCCUCCAGGCCCGUAGCUACAUCAAGUUCGUGACACCUCACAAGAUUACUCAGGACUUGGUCGUCUCGCAUGGUACAGUAGCCGAGACUGGUAAUCUCAAGGAACUAUGCCCUGUUGAAGGAUUGAUGGUGGCUGGGGCAUGGUGGAAUGUUGGAGUUACGCAUUCCUACGAUAAAUCAACUGGUAGAAUCUGUCACUUCGUGGUGCCACAGUAUAACAUUCAUGGGGCAUAUCACUUGGGAACCGAGCGAGUAGCUCCGUCGUCCACGACGCCAGCAAGCUGUUCCGAUGAGAGUUACCCCUUCCAGCACUACUUUUACCAUGGAAGCAUUGGCUACUACGCGCUCUACGAAGAAGCGUCGGGCACGUACUGCGUAAACGAUCGAACGGCGUACGUCCGGGUAAACGGGCUCGGAACUUACGAUAGUAACGGCGUGUGGCUUGCCAAUGACACCGGAGACAUAAAUUACAGGCGGUCGUACUGGUACGGCUUUUUCUGCGCAAUCUGGAUCAUGUACCGUUCUAUACUGAUGCGUCGCAGCUACAUUUCUUGCAAGCGUUAUGGGAGAAGAUGUGACAACAUGCAAGAGAUAAUUCGGUUUCAAGACGCAGUUGUGUACGUCCAAGAGAGUAUGCGGUUGUCGGCACACGGAGCAAGAAAUUAUCAUCGUGCGGCACUGUUGUAUCUACUUGUCGAAGGUCUGAUGAGUGACCUAUUCAUGCUAAUCGCUCAAGACGGGGUGUUGGCAAAGGUGCAGUAUAUCUCACUUGGAUACAAUUUGGCAGGAGUACUCUCAAUGUUAUUUGAAAUGGUCGAAAGUAUGAAUUGGCUGGGGGAGAAAUCACGCUGCUUGAUUAAACGUCUAUUAACUACCUCACAUCACUAA